AUGAUCGCGGUGAUGCAUAAAAGAACAAAGAUUGGAUGCGAAAGUCUUAUUCAAGAUGCUAUUAAUUUUUGUCCCGUUCCUUCUAUACAAAGUGCUGCUCAUAAAGUUGUCAAUGUUGAUUGCAAAAAAAGAUCUGAAGCCAAAAGUGCAUCUUUUGAUUUUUGUAUCAAGAAAAUAUCUGCGUAUGGUGUUGAUAUUGAUAUUCUUGAAGAAAUCCAAAAGUUCCCAUUCCUGUUUCAACAAUUAAUCAUUAGAGAAGCCUGUGCUGUGAUGAAUAGACUUAAAAAAAGAAAAAGUACGACAGGUCUUACUUCUCUUGAUUAUUUCUGCUUGUUUCACUAUCGAUAUUUAUUGCCCUGCAAGCAUAUUUUUCACGAAUACAUGUACAGCAAUAAAUUGUUAACUACCGAUGUAUGGCAAAUAUUUUGUGAAAUUUUUGAAGAAAGUGGGUUUGAAGUGUAUGAAAGUCAAAAAUCAUUUAUAGAAUAUGUUUAG